AGUCCAUGUUUAGACAGUCAGUAAUCCGUGCCACUCAAGCAGGCGACAAACACACAGGAUUCCUGCUCUCAACAUUUGUCAAAGGAGCAUGAACUUGUCUUUUCUCCUUUUGUUUCUCCACCUGUGGGGGAACGUGGAAGUGUCUUUGUCACAGAAUGCAUGUUCAAAGCUCCCAGAUGUUCCUCAUGCCAACAUCGACUACAAAGAAGGAGAUGUGAUCCGCUUCACUUGUGAAUCUGGUUAUACAUCAGCUCAAGCCUCCAAAUAUGUAUGCACGAGUGACGGCUGGCUGACAGUCAGUCAGGGAAAAUGCUACUCAUGUUCAACGCUUCCAGAUGUACCCAACGCCCACGUUUCAGAAGAGACCAAAAGAUCUGAGUACCAAGAGGGAGACGUGAUACAUUUCACUUGUGAAUCUGGAUAUACAUCAAGUCCAACCAUCAAAUAUGUAUGCUCAAGCGAAGGCUGGCUGGCAGUCCGUCAGGGAAAGUGCUCCUCUUCAGCUUCAAGCUGUGACCGCCCACCUACAGACGGAGGGGUUACAGUAAAAGGGUUACCAGAGAAUGAUGAUCCAAUACUUCCUGAUCAUGUCCUCACGUUCAGCUGUGACGGUCCAGGGAAAUAUCUGAAUGGCAUUUCAGUGCUGACAUGUGGUCAAGAUGGACAGUGGGAUAAUCCAUUUCCUUCAUGCACAGAAAGCUGUGAAGUCAAAGACUUACCACCCAACGUACGCCUCAGCAUGCAUGUAGUAGGUGAUCAACUAACAAAAGGACAAAAGUUAAGCUUUUAUUGCCCCAUGCGUGGUCAGACUCUUCAGGGGGAAACAGAAGUUGAAUGUUUAGCAAAUGGACAGUGGAGUCAUCCUUUUCCAACAUGUGGAGCUCCUUUUGAUUGUGGGAGACCACCACCUCUUGACAAUGGAGACCUCAAGGAAUCUCAACGGAACCAGUACAGAAACAAUGAUUGGGUUGAAUACACCUGCCAGAAUUACCACAUUAUGGAUGGUUCCCCCUACCGAACAUGCAACAAUGGUGAAUGGACUGGACAGAUGAGAUGCCUCAAACCCUGCACUGUGGAUAGCGAAACCAUGAACAACCGUAAUAUUAGAUUCAGAUAUAGUUAUGACAAUAAGAUUUAUUCAAUCCAUGGUGAUGUAAUGGAGUUCAUGUGUGCCAGAGGAAGACCUGUCCGUACAGUGGCAAUGCGUCAGUUGUGUCGUGAUGGUGUGAUUGACCUGCCAUCUUGCCAGUAAAACGUUUCAGUCAACUGGAUGUGAUAAACAUGAGCUGUUUGGCCAAACAUGUUUAUGAUUAACCAGACUAGAUUCAUGUGCUGAUCCAGUGUCUAUACUUAAGUGCUGUAUGUGGUCUUUUUACUGUAAUAAAUCAUAUAUGUUCACUCA